AUGUUCCAGCCGCGCCUGCGCGCUCGGGUCCGGCGUUGUCUAGGAAACCGACGCCAUGUGGGCUCCAGCGCCGUGUGGGCUCCAGCGCGGAGUGGCGGAGUCGCGGAGCCGGCAUGGCGGACACCGGGGCGCAGUUUCGCAGCGGUGUCGACCAUCUCCUUCUUUAAACACGCCUUUCUGACGGCGGCGGCCGGGUUCGAGAUGGACGGCUGGGUCCCGGAGGCACCGGGAGCGGCUGGCGGUUCGGAAGAAGUCGAUUACGAGGUCCAGCCGGAGGAGGAGCGGCGAGGGCGGCCAGGGGCGGCCGGGUUCCGGUUACCGGUGCUCGGCGAGGGGGCGAGGCUGGGCGGCUGCGGUUCUGAAGCCGACCCGGCUCUGAGUUUCCUCCGCCUGCUGUGGGACCCGAACCGGGCCGGGGCCGAGCCAGCGGCGGGGAACCCGAGCCGAGCGGAACCGAACCGGCUGGGCAAGAUCGGGGUGAGCCGAAUCAAGAGGCGCGUCAGGACGCACCGAGCCCCGGGACCGACCGGGAAGGACGUGUUCGUCUCCUCUCUUGUUGUUUCAGUGGAGAGGUUGCUGAGGGAGGACACUGAUGCCUGCUCCGCGGAUGAUAAGGGCCGCACAGCGCUCCACUUCGCCUCCUGCAACGGGAACGAGCAGAUCGUCCAGUUGCUGCUCUCUCACGGCGCCGACCCAAACCAGCGCGAUGGACUCGGAAACACAGCACUGCACUUAGCUGCCUGCACUAACCAUGUCCCCGUGAUCACAGCCCUGCUGAGAGGAGGUGCUCGCGUGGACGCCCUCGACCGGGCUGGAAGGACCCCUCUGCACCUGGCCAAGUCCAAACUGAACAUCCUGCUGGGGGGCCAAUCACAGAGCCUGGAGGAGCUGCGGAGCGAAGUGAGACAGAUUAUUCAGAUGCUUCGUGAGUAUCUGUCUCGGCUCGGUCACUCUGAUGAGAGAGAGAGACUGGAUCAGCUGAGCAGCCGUCUGCACAGAACCAGAACCAGAGAGCAGGUUGAUGAGGUCACAGACCUGCUGGCCAGCUUCACUUCACUCAGCCUGCAGAUGCACAGCCUGGAGGAGCGGUAGAGAGAGAGAGAGAGAGGAGAGGAGGAGAGGAGAGGAGAGAGAGGAGAGAGAGGAGAGGAGAGGAGAGGAGAGGAGAGGAGAGAAGCGAAGCAGACUGCACCAGCUCCUCUCUCGCGGAUUGUCAGAGACUCGAAUCCCCAGGACAGCCAGCCUCGUGCUUCAGCGUUUACCAGCUGCCUGUGUGUCUGUGGAGCCGGAGCGACGGCUUCUUCCACGGGAAGCUGAACAGCACAGCAGAGUGAACUGCAGCGGAGCGGGUCAGACAAACUGAGAGAGAGGGGGAGAGGGACAGGUUACACACGCUAGUCUCUCUCUCUCUCUGUUCAUUGCGUUGCUUUCAACACAUGUCGCAGCUAAACCCAGCGAGCGGUUUGACCAGAGACACGACGGGAACCUUAACAACAGCAACAGCAACAACAAAAAUAAGACAAUCGCUACAAUAAACAAACGACAGCGACGCUGACGCCGGGCCUCUCGCUCAUCUGGUGUGUUUUGGUUUUUUUGUUUUUU